AUGAAGGAGCUGCAGGCAAUGGAAAUGAUUCGCCACCUAGAGGAAGAGAAUAAGCAAAGAGACCAAGAGAUCCUUCAACUGCAAGCCCAAUUAAAUGGAAAGAAUGAAGAGUUGGAGAGGAUGAACAAGACUCUCAGCAUAGAUGUUACCAAACUGAAAGAAGAGCACAGCAGUUCGUUAAGGAAGAUUGGAGAGAUGGCAACAGAGCUUGAAAGCAACAGAGUGUCGAUGGCUGAAGAGAUUGAAUGCCUUACAACUAAAAAUGCAGCUCUUCAAGAGGAGAUCAUCCAGGUCAAACAACAGUUUGUUGAAGAGCAAAAACAACUUGCAGAAACACAGCAGUCCAAAGAAAAAGCAAAGGAAGAAUAUGCCAGGAUGUUGUUGGAUGCCCAGACAAAACUUGCCCAGAAAGAAUCUGAGUUAAGAAAAACAGAACAAUCUUACACUGUGGAAUUAACCAAACUUCAGGACAGGAUAGAAAGUGAAAGACAAGAGUACCAGGAGCAGCUGAAAAAGAUUGAAUGUCAAAGCAAACACGUUGUGGAUGAAGUUGAACUCUUGGAACUAAAAACUGAAGUCAAGAAAUGGAGAACACUGUAUGAAGAAUUAUACAGCAAGGUCAAGCCUUUCCAGCAACAACUCGAUGCAUAUGAGGCAGAGAAAAAUGCCCUUCUGAAUGAACACGGAGCUGCUCAGGUGGAGCUGAAUAAUAUUAGUGAUGCUUAUGCUAAACUGCUGGGCCAUCAGAACCAUAAACAGAAAAUUAAACAUGUUGUGAAACUAAAAGAACAAAACUACAUUCUGAAACAGGAAGUCGCAAAACUGCAGGGUCAGUUAUCCAAAAAUUUAAAGGAACAUCCGGUCCAGCCUUGUAGUAGGUUUGAUCCAUCUAAAGCAUUUAAACAUGGCGGCAAGGAGAAUGCUCAGCCGGAAAGCCCUCUUGGAAGGAAACCUCAGAUGACUCGCCAGUAAGUUGUACCUGCUUGAUGAAGAAGCACAAAUGAAGCUGUUUUGUUUUGAACAAUCAUCAAUGUUUUUACUACUUCACCAAGGGAAGCAAGAAAUGUAUAUAAGUAAAAUAAACUAUAAUGGGGUUUUUGCUGCUUUAGGGUUUUUAACUUGGUUAGGUUAUUUGUUUCUGACUUUUUGGGGUUUGCUAUCCUUAGCCCUGUAUAAAAUGCUAUUGUGUGUUGGCUGUAAAACUUAAUUGUGUAAGAGAACUGUUAUACUGUCACACGUUAGUUUGUACUACUUUUAUAAACACGACUGCCUAUUUUACUAAUUUUAGAUUAGAAGACACCAAAUACUUAGUAUCUUGUAUUUAUCAAGUUACAGUGUUUGUACACAACCUCAUUUAUUGUUGCACAGCCUGUUCAGGAAUAGGGUCACUAUACCCUUUUGAUAUGGCUGCUGUAGUGAGGAUAUGGUUUUUUGGCUUCAGGCCAUGUUAAUGAUGGAAACCUACAUUGAAUGGUUUCAUAUUUGGUUCUAUAUUCUCUAAUUUUUAUAGUGGCAUAAUUUGUUAUAGCCUAAUCUCUGCUGACAAUUUCACAUUCACUCUAUUUAAUAAUAACUUACCUCCUUAGCUGCUGUGGCUGCCACAUGUACAUUUAGGUAACUUUGUUUUGAAAUGAGGUAUAUCCACACACUUUUAAAGUUCAUUUUAUUGCUUUCAAAUUCUUCAAUCUAAAUAAACAUGUUUGGCACAUACCUUUUAUAAAUUAUAUUUCUUAGUGCAUGCAAAUUGGAUUGAUUUUUAUUAUUUCAUUUCAAAUUUACUUUUUAGUUUUAGUCAACGAUAGUAUAUUGCAACAUUUAAAAUAAAUGAAACUUCCACAUUUGUAAAGUGAUGAUUUUGCAUGUACUAUAGAGUUGUGCUGAAUUGGAGAUGGGUUAUGUGGAUACAUGGGUAUGGUAACUAAAGGCUUUUCUGUUUAUUGGCUAAGUAGAGUAAGACUCAGGAUGCCACACUACUUUCCUAAACAUCGUUUAUUGCUGCAUCGGUUUUAAAUAUUUGGAGAUCAUACCAGCCGUGAGAACAGAUCCGGUCGUAUAGCUCAAUAAAAUUCAGUCAAAAAUCUAAAGAAACUUUUUGUCAAAUCGUUUGCUUAUUGUCCACAAAA